AGGAAUCACCUGACUCGGAAUCCCUUACCCGUUUUCAAAUCAUCUGUCUCCAUUGCCAUUACGCCAAAUCAGCUUCAGUUGUACAAAGGGCGCCUUGAUUCUCUUGUUUGUAAAAACGGGAG